AUGGCCGGAAAAAUCUUGAUAAUAUUGGACUUUGAUCGGACGCUGAUCGAAGAUGAUAGCGAUAGAUGGGUCUUGACAAAUAUGGGUCUCACCAAUCCGUUCUAUCAGCUCCAAUCUACAUUACCCUGGAACUCUCUCAUGGAUCGUAUGCUGGAGGAGUUACAUUUACAAGGGAAAACAGUUAAUGAUAUUGCAGUGUGUUUGCAGCAGGUUCCGCUGCAUACACGGAUGAUUGAAGUAACUAAAACAGCUCAUGCUCUUGGAUGUGACCUGAAGGUGGUUAGUGACUCCAAUGCGUUUUAUAUCAGAACUAUUUUGGAACAUUAUGGAAUAUAUAAUUGUUUCUCGGAAAUCAUCACAAACCCAACUGUCGUAGACGAUAGGGGCAGGCUUAGGAUCUUUCCUUAUCAUGACAUGGCUUCUCCUCAUAGCUGCGAUCACUGCCCUCCUAACUUGUGCAAGGGGAGUGUGAUAGAGCAGAUCCAAUCCUCAAUUUCUGAAAGUCAAAGGAAAAGAUUAAUUUAUGUCGGAGAUGGGAGAAACGAUUUCUGCCCAACUCUGAAACUUGAAGCAGGAGAUUUUGUGAUGCCAAGAAUGAACUUCCCUCUGUUUGAUUGUAUUUUGAACAAUCCUACACUUGUCAAAGCAAAAGUUCAUAAAUGGAGCAAUUGGGAAGAACUCGCAACGAUCCUACACGAACUUAUCAAUAAUAUCUCCAAUGAAGAGGAAAUCAAAUGUCUUACAGGCUACCAGCUGAAUUCAUUAGAGUGUAAAGAGGCUCCAGAAUCCGCUAAUGAACCACUCAAUGUUGUCACUGAUUGA